GCACACAAGUUGUAGCACCCGAUCGGUGUAGUAUGCAGUGCAUGCACUGAAUUGAUCAGUUUUUCAUGGCGUCAGAGGUGAUCAAACUGCUGGAUUUUCGCAUGUUCAGGACCGACACCUUGGUCUGGUACAGUUUGCAACUCAGCAACGGCCGAGAGUGCUGGGUGGUCACCCGACGCUAUAGCGAGUUUCUCAGAUGUCACGUGAAGCUGCUUGAGCUUUUCCAUCGAGAGCAACUCCCAACCUUUCCACCCAAGGAACCCUUCUGGCAGCGGGUCUUUGGUGGCGAAGCCACCCGCGACAACUGGAUGGAAGAGCGCUACGCACGGCUCUUCGGAUACAUUGUCGGCCUGCUGGAUAUUGAAGGAGUUCGAUACUCAGAUGCUCUUCUGGAGUUCCUGAAUGCUCCGAGCCACAAUAACGGCCAGGAGCCGGAGCCCUCCGGAGCCGAAACGCCGGUGCCGUCGUCGGCGAUUGCAGUGAUCCGCAGUGUGCGGGUGAGGCUCACCGGUGAACCUGGAGGUUUGGAGGUGGUGAUCCGUGCCGAUGCUCCGGCACCUUGCGCUGUGCGCCUGGCCUUGAGACCUCUGGAGGAGUUGGGCGAGGAAUGGGGCGACGCCAGUCCCAGCCUCGAAGCCUCCGGCAGCUGGGAGAGACUCCUUGAACUGGACUUGGAUCCCUCCAAGAGUCCAGAACUGACUCAUCCCUUCGAGUUGGCUCCUGGUUCAUUGUGGCAGGUUGCCGCAGUGGGAGUUUCCAAAGACGGUUCCAUGGGUAACGUGGUGUGUAUCCAGAUCCGAGCCCCUGAAAAUGAGACCUUGAGUCAGGUGCGCGAGUCCUUGUCACCUUCCAGGGAGGUGCGAGAGUCCGGACUCUCGCCUUCCAAGGCUCCAGCUCUCAGCCCCGAACUGCGGGCCGAGACCAAGGAUCCAGGGGAGGCUUCUUCCACUGCCACUCGAUCCUCGGAGGGCGUCAUAGGUCCUGAAGGGAAGUCACAGGACGUGGAGAGUGAAGAAGAUGAAGUUGAGGGACACGAGGGCGAAGCCAGAGGCCGAAAGCCUGGCCGGCGGCCCUUUGCAGCAGGCAGCUCCAAGGUGAUCUCAUACCAGGGCUCGGUGGCCGUGGAAUAUGCACGGCGCAUCGAGGAGCAGCAGCGGCAACAAGCGGAACGCGCGCCCCAUCGCUGGUCGCAAGGCUUGAAGGUCUCAGUGCCCGUGGACCGCCUCGAGACAAAGUCGGCCAGCGGCGCGGCGCUUCCACGGCACCACUACGGCACCGUGGAGGUCUUGGACCAUUCCAUCCAGGCUCAGCAAGAGCAACAACUGAGAGAGGACGAGUUGCGCCUGGCGGUUUGGAUCCACCACGUCACCGGCGACGCCCAGAGCGGCGCCGCGGCCGCUGGAAAAGGAUCCCUGCAGGAAGCUCUUCAAACUGGAGAGGUGCUUUGCGAUUUGAUCAACGCAAUUUGGCCAGGGAAGAUUGUGGGAAUCUCUAGAGGUCAAGGUGCUCAGACGUUGUUCAAACGCGUGGCAAACAUCACGCAUUUUGUCCAGUUCUGCAGCUCCCUGCAGCUGUCCCAUAGCCUCUUCGUCCCAGCAGAUCUGGCGGAGGGCCGCAACUUUCGGCAGGUGAUCCGCUGUCUGUGCGCAUUGGCACAGCACGUGCCAGAGACGUGGGAUGGACCGCGUUUCCAACCUGCUCCGGAGGUCCGUCACAGUGAUUGAGAUCGGCCUUUGCCCAAAAACCCCGAAGCACCGUGCCAUUGCCAAUGGCGAAAAUGUCCUGCGCGGAAAGGCUCCUGUUUGGCUUCAAGGCAAAAA